GUUCCAGUCAUCAUUAAUUACCAAUCGUCCUGGCCAUGCCCUCACCCCACGAGUCUGAAUCUUGUCACUUACUUCACCUGCCUAAUGAGCUUCUCAUUGAGAUCUUGGCUUUGGCCGUGAAUCACCAAGACUCUCAGCUCUGUGACUGGGAAGGGAGGAAUUGGUACAAUCUUACCCUUACCCGGGCUCCUGGUAGGACUCGGCACAGCAGUCCAAUUUUCCUCGACCAUUUGAUCGAGAUUGACCUCCCAGCACUGGAACACCUACAGUUAGAUCAAGUCAGAGCCUUCUGCUUAUCCUGCGUCGCCGGCCCCAAUUCUGUUCCGGAGACUAUGUCUAGGAAGAGACGCACCGCCCCAUUUGCUAAGUUAUCAUUGUACAAUUUUCGCGGUACCACAUCCAUUCUCACUGCUUUCCUCACCUGGCCCCGGGCUCUUGAGCACUUUGUCUGGGACCCCUCCCGGUAUACUGUCGACACCGGUCGCACUCCGCGGAUGGUCCAUCAAGCUCUAGAGCCUCAUCAUCUAACGCUGCAGUCCUUGAAACUUGAGAGUAAGAUUUUCGAGGAAAACAUCAUCGAUCUCACUCAUUAUGCGGAGCUACAAGAUCUGCGACUUUCAGCGUUUGACCCCCUUGAGGCCAUCGGCGACCACGCACUACGCCUAGCAGCCCCCAAGUUGCGCAACUUCACUUGGGAUCUUACCAGGACCAUUCUCUAUCCUGAAGCCUUCAAUAAACCGACACUGGACGGUCUACGAACGUUUGUAGACGUGCUGCUCUCGCAGGGGUGUCCGCUACAGCGCAUCGAUGUUGUAUUAUGGCCUCGUCCAGGGUUUUAUACGAAAACACGUAGCUUAUACAACACUAGGACUUUCGAGGCCAUGAAUAAAAGCUCGGGUUAAACUAUAUGGAGCUCGGCUGAUUAAAUCUCAGUUGCGCAGUCAGGCUCCCUUGAACAUUGAAUAACUGUCGAAUAUCGUCUAAGGUGGCUCGGAGAC